CAGGCCAGCGUCGUAUUGAUAUUGUGCUAUACCUAUUCUCUUCACUCUCCUGGUUGCCGACUUCCCGCUGGGCUAAAAUAAAACUGCUUUCUGGAUUUUGCACUUCCUCGAUGUGAUUCCCUGAUUAAACCCCUACCCGCAAUUGUAAUUGUAAUUGUCAAUUAGAGUUCCUGUAAGUGUUAAAGAAUCUAGUUCCAGACUUCCCUCCGAAAUCCGAAUCCUUCUUUUGAAUUGAUCUUCCAACCCGUCGAUAACUGGAGUUCCAUUUGGCACCUGCACAUUUUAGGGUUUGGAAAAGGCUUCAUGGAUGAAUUUUAGAAACCUGGAGUUCAACUCUAAACUUUGUGGCUAUAUUUCCUGUAACAUGUCAACCCAACGCGAUUCGCUGACAACCAAUUAUCAUCGAGUUGAUUUUUGAGUCCGAAUUUCACUGAGCAGGGACUCUCUGCAUCUCAAUCCGAUGGCGAUCAUCGGCGACGCGCUCCGCCAGGCUUUUAUGCCUAAGCGCGAGUACGAGAGCCUCAGAGAAGAAGAAAAAGCAUGGGGCAAGCUUCAGAGACCUUUAAUGACGGCUUUUAUUGUUGUCAUUUGGCUUGCAAUCAUAGCAUGCACGAUUAUCAGUUUGAAUAUUAUGUUUCCAAGCAAUGAAGGGAGGAGACCGUUCUGCUCUGAUCGGAGGCUUCAGCCGAUACCGAUGGGUAUGAAGGGUGGAUCGGAUUCCGAUCUGUUUCCGGGCGCCGCCUUUUAUUUGACGGAUCAAGAGAUUGCGGAUUAUUUCUGGAUGGUUGUGUUCAUUCCUUCCAUGAUCAUCUUCUUGGUAUCGGUUGUGUAUCUCAUUGCUGGCAUUGCCGUCGCUUAUUCUGCUCCAGCUAGGCAUGGAUGCUUGAAGGUGGUUGAAAAUAACUACUGUGCUUCAAGAAGAGGAGGUGUUCGCUGCCUAUCUAUCUUGAAUCUCAUAUUUGCUAUCGUUUUUGGUCUUCUUGCAUUGUUUCUUGGAUCAAGCCUGCUGACAUUUGUGAGCAACUGCUCUGUACCCCUGUUUUGGUGUUAUGAAGUUUCGUCAUGGGGAUUGGUUAUUCUAUAUGGUGGUACUGCCUUCUUCCUAAGGAGAAAGGCAGCCGUGAUUCUUGAUGAGGGAGACUUCAGUGGUAGAAAUCUCGGGCUAGAAAUGCUGGAAGCGAAUCCCGCGGAGGUCACACCAGAUGUUGAAAGGCGUGUUCAUGAAGGUUUUAAAGCGUGGAUGGGAUCAUCCCUUCUAUCCUCUGAUGACGAAGACGAACCUGACAAUUACAACGAGGCACCUCGUGCUCAUACCAAUUUGAAUGGGGGGCGACUCUGACAAAUUCAGUGGUAGCAAGGAACUGUGCUUCGUGAGGGGUACCUAAUGUAACUCGAACUGACACAAACAGUUGCUAAUUAAGAGUAAAGAUGGAAUUUUUUGUUGUUAGAGCUGUAGAUUAAUAUGUUGUUAGGGAAUCAGAGUAAUUUCCGAGCGGUUAACUUGUGAAUGAUCUGACUCUUGCUUCGGGUUUAUGUUAUGUAGUCAAGGGAGUGUAUUUAACCAACUUUUUCCCUGAUCUUUUCCAUCCAUGUUUACUUUUGCGCAUGCCAGACAAUCAAGUUGUGGCUUUUUAUCCCA